AUGUGUCAGAUAAAGCUGAGGUGUUGGGGGAGUACAUACUACAGUUUGGGAAGUACAGAGGCAAGUCCUUCAGGUGGCUGCUGGAAAAUGAUGUUGGAUACACUAUGUACCUCAUCAAAAAUUUGGAAAAAGAAAAAGAGGCAGGCCAUUUCAGUACAGAGGGGAGCAGCAAAAUCAGUUUGCAGUCCUUUUUGGAAUAUGCCAUGAGCUUCAAAGAUAUUGAGGAGCUUUCAAAGUUUGAGUCUCACAAAACGAAUUCUCCUGCUGUGACCUCAGAUUGUGACACUCUGGUUGGCUUUGGUAAUCGGGCCAAAAGUACAUGGGGAGAAAUAUGGGAGAGCUGAGCUGAUGGGUAGGCUUUCUUCAUUAUGUCGAGGAAAUGUGGUACAGGUUCAAAAAUGCACAAACUGCAGCAGUACCUGCUAAUGAAAAAAGAGUCAUUGCCAUCAACCGUUACAUCACCAGCCUCUACUGCAACUCCUUACUCCCAAGAUUCACCAGCAUCAGCAGCUGUAGGAGCACCAUCUGUGUCUACUGGCAGAGGACAUGUUCAUGACAACAUGUCCAUCAAAACCUCCGUCUCCAUGAGGCACCAACACACCCUGCACGUCAGCCUGGGCCGCCAGCACCAACACGCCCUGCAUCUCAGCCUGUGCCACCAGCAUCAACACGCCCUGCAUCUCAGCCUGUGCCACCAGCAUCAACACGCCCUGCAUCUCAGCCUGUGCCACCAGCAUCAACACGCCCUGCAUCUCAGCCUGUGCCACCAGCAUCAACACGCCCUGCAUCUCAGCCUGUGCCACCAGCAUCAACCGCCCUGCAUCUCAGCCUGUGCCGCCAGCAUCAACACACCCUGGAUUUCCACCCUCACUUCCACUGCCCAGAUAUGA